UACACGGGUGGGUUGGGUAACAGGUCGACCCGCUUGCAUUUGUGAUCCAUCGUCGUAGGUUGUUUGCUGAACCCUCAAACCGCGACUCACUCACUGAGAGAGAGAGAAUCCAUCAUCCAUGGAUGAAGAUUCAGCAAUACUGCAACGAAAAACUGGCCACGUUAAGAAGAAACCUCUAAAGAACAAAGCUUUAGGCAUCACUUUCGACGAGAAAGAUCUCAAAGACUUCGUUACUGGUUUUCACAAACGCAAGAAGAAGAGAAGAAAGGAAGCUCAGAAACAACAAGAAGAAGCUAAAAGACGUAAACGCAACGAGGAACGCCUAAAGAGGAAGUUCGAAAGAGAACUUGCUUAUGGGGGUGUUCCACCAACUGAUGACACUGAAGCUGGUGAAAUUGAUGAUAACCAAGAGGAAGUUGCUCAACAAGUUGAAUCUAUUGCUGCAACAAAGACAUAUGAAAAUGAUGAUUUGAAAGUCACUGUUGUAACAAAAGAGAUCAACCCUGAUGAAGAAAGUUUCCCUAGCGAAAGGAAAGAGGCAGCACCAGCUGUGUCCCCCCAUCCUGUUGUAGCUGAUAAAAAGAAAUCUGUUCCUAUAAAUAAGAAGAAGCCAUUUAAAAAGGUUGCAAAAAACAAGUCACAGCCAAAGCAAAGAAGUAAGAGAGAUAAAAGGAAAGGAAAAAGGCCGGGAGGAAAGUGAUUGUACCUUAUCAUCUGGCAUCUUCAGAACAUUCCCAAGUCGGCAAUGAAGUGUAUCUUUUGUGGAGUUACUUAUCAAGUUCAGUAACUUAGCUACUAACAAGUUGCAAAGUUUGGCUAUUUUCAUGGUUGAUUAUAUAUACACCAGUAGGUUACCUGGUUCCGUGUGUGGAUGACAGGUUUUUCUUCUGCUGGAGUCUCACUGUCUUCACUUGUUUAACUCAUUCAUUUGGGGGAUUUCAGAAUUAAGAAGAAACAGUUUUGUUUUAAUUAGUAAUUAUAUUUUUCUGUAUACAUUUGAUUUUCUAGUUAUGCAUUUUUCUUGUGUUUAAAAUUUCA